GCGGACCAUAGAGACGGUGAAGUGUCUGCGGCCCGGAGCGCCCCUAAACCUGGGGCGCUGCAGGUUCAGGUUAGUCUUGGCCGCGGCGGGGCUGCGUUUGCCGAGGCCAAGCUGGAGGGACAGGCCCGGGCUACGGAGCAGGCCUCAGGGAUGAACGUUUGAUAUAAAAGACUUGACUCCAUAAUCUCCGUCUGCCCUAAUGCUGUCAUCUGGAAUAGAGACUCAGCGGGUUCCACUUGAUUCCUCCAUGUCUGCUGUGGUACAGGAAUUUUACUCUGAACUUCCCGAGGCCCUCCUGGUACAGUCCAGAGAACUUUUACACGAGGAUCUCCCUGAAGGUUUUCUAAGGAACAAAGAAGGAAAUGUACAGAUUACAGCUGAAACUCUGCCUGAGUCCACGGAAGAAGUACAAGGUAUAAAGGUGAAUGGGACUAAGAUGGAUAAGAAUGACAAUGUGAGUAAUAUUCUCUCAGCUGGGUGCAGUGAAUACCAAGAAGUAGACAAAAUCAUGACCAGUGGUGAAGUUUCAGAAACCAGAACUUUAGUUUCCCUAAAGCCUUUAACCUUUGUGGACCCUGGAUUGGCAGAAGUAACUGCUAAUGAAAAAGAAUGUGGAGAAUUAAAAACUUUUCCAUCUUGGUUGUCAUUAUUACCAGGGAACAGUGCCAUUUCCAACACUGACAAUGAAGAGAAAGAGCUGUGUAAAUUAAACCCUGUCUGCGAAGCAGAUGACAAUCGCCAACAGACUCCUGGCCUCCAUAAUGAAAAACACAGUUCUGCACCUAAUACUUCCACAGCUAUGGGAAAUAGAGAUGCUAUAAAACCCUUGGAAGAAAGUUCUGAAAUUCCACAUUUCAUACCACUUUUGUCUGUUCCAGAAUGCAGAAUAGCAUCAUUAGAAAAAUGUGAUUUUGAAAGCAACAGUUUGCUGAAAGGAUCUGCUAAAAAGACAGAUAGUUCUUUUUUUAAUGAGGACGAUCCAAGCAAAAACUUGGCUUGUAUAGAAGGUAAAGAAAGGCCUUUGAAUCUCGGGAAAGAAAGGGAAGAAGAACCAGAAAAGAAAGCCAGUUCUGGUGGAAAAAAGACUGCUGAUAUCCCAAAGGAAGAUACUUACAAUAGCUCUUGCAUUCAAGGCAGUAUCCAUACAGAAAGCUCUAGUUCUUUAAUGCUCAAUUUUCUUACUGAAGCCACAGAAAUAAUGUUUAAAAAGAAUGAUUUGAAAAUCACUUUAGACUAUCAGGGUAACUUGACAGACCCUGUGGACCAUAGAAAAACGGUUCCUAAUGUGAGCCAUGUAAGUGAGCACUCAGUAGAAAGCAAUUUUUUCUCUUCAGUGCAACUUAGAGAGUCAGAACAGACAACCACUAUAAAGCCUAAUAAGUUACGUGAAAAGAUAAAUAGUAAAGACUCUAAUUCUUUAGUUAACAUUCAGAGAAAUCUGGAAGGUGAAACUCAGAUAAAUGAAGCAACAUGUAAUGAUUUUUUGUCUGAAAGAAAAUCUUUUGGGAGUGUUAUGCCAGAAGAUCAGAUAAAUUUUAUACCUAGCAAGAUAUCAAAAUCCAAGACAGAUGCUGCUCAAUUACCACUGUUGCAAGAAUUUGAUUACAGACCUUCAGAAAAGGCUACACGAACCUCACUUGACAGUAUCUCACAUUUAGAUGCACCAGGCAUUGCUGGUGAGAUGAGUGAACCUUCUUGUGCUAGUGAACUGGUUAUGAAAGUAGAUUGUGAAUGUGUUUUAAAUCAACAAGUGUCCCUUAAUUCUCAAGACCACAUGACAUUGCCAACUAGUUCUCUACUAAAUAUAAACAGAGAGAGGCCUUUGGCUACAGGCAAUGAUGCCCAACAGAGCCAUCACCUUUCUUUAAAGAAUGGAGGGGAGGUUAUUGCUGGUACCCAGACCAUUCCCAUGAAGACAAAACUAAAAGACAUUUCUUCACAGGGUGACAAAAUCUGUGGUGCCUCUUCAAAUCCCACCUUUAGCACCAAAUCAGGAAGCCUAGAAGGAAAAGAAAAAAUGGCUGAUUCAGGAACAGAAGAUUUACAUUUUGGGUUCCUCUCAAGUACAAAAGAAGCAGCUGGCUCUCCUCAGGAGGUUUCUGUCACCAAAUGUAAAAACAUUCAAUCUCAGGAUAUCUCCAUCUGUCACAAUGCAAGAGAAAAUGUACCAAAAGAAAAUUUACUUUCUGCGUGUGCUGUUUCUAAGCCAAGCAAAAUCAUUCUGAGAGUGAACAACUCUAAAGCAAGAAAAUAUGAAAAUGCAUUUCAGCACAGUGAUCACUACUCCCAGGGAACAGAAGACUCUGUAAAAAGUAACACCCAGAAAAUGAGCUGUACAUCUAAGAAGAGUGAACUUACUAGGAGAGAAACUCAAGGCAGCCUUCCAGAUGGUAAGAACCAUACUAAAGUAGCACAUAUGUCAGGUAAUGGAGUGUUGAAGAUAGCCACACGUGCUGCCAUCAGUCACAUCAAACCCAAUGAGAGAGGGCUACACAGAAAAGAAUCAGAUAUACCCAAUGAAACUGUGUUUUGUAAAGACACUAUCUCUGACUGUGCUACACAAGAACUAAACCAAUCUGCAAACAUUCCAAAUCCUGAAACAUUGAACCAGUCUCCUCCAACAGUUGAAACCCUUGGUCAGAAAGCAGAUGAAGUCCUUGGCUUCCAGAGUAACCAAAACAGACUAGUUGAAUGCAGAAGUAAAUGUAAAUCAGUUAAGAAGGCACUAGACAGUCACCAGAGAGAAGCCACUGCAGAAGCUAACAGAGAGCUAAAUUUCAGCAAAAAAGAUCUGCUAGUCAGUUUGGAUAGGGAUAACUCACUGCUUUGUGGUAGUCCGAAGAAAGACAAUUCCCAAGGAGCCUUUGAAAAUAUUUCUGGUUCUGAAGAGUCCAUCGAUGGUAUGAUACACACGGUCCAUGCAGACUAUGGUGAAAAGCCUGCACAAGGUAUGCUGGCUGUGAAAACAUCUAAUGUACUUGGUGAUGGUGCAAAGGGAGAUAGACUGGCAUUCCGUGAAACCUCAAGGAAUACCUCAUCUGAGAGAGGAGAACUGAAGGCUGCAUUUAUAGGACCAGCUGACUCAGAUCUCCCAAAUGUUGCUGCUUCUAUAGAGCAGUCUGUAGAAAUAAAAUCAUGUGAAGAGAAAGUAUGUAAAUCUUUAGAAGACUGUGAAAUUGAAGAAUGCCCAGACUCUUCCAUACCCCAUGAGAUGAAGUCUAUUGCUGAUCAUGAACCAAAUGUGAGUAUAUUAGAUAGCAUAAGCAUGUCUUUAAAUCAUGCUUACCAUAAACACCAUUGUAACGUAGGAUCUCUAAGAGAGACCCAGGGAAUAACUGAAGGAUCAAGACCAGAAGUAGAUUCUGAGGCUGGCAAGGAAAAACCUUUGGGAAUAUCCUCAAGAGAUUUGAUGUCCUUUAAAUGCCAAGAUGGGAACUCUGACUCUCCACAGAGCCUAGAAUCCUUUAAAGCAAUGACUUUGUAUCUAUCUUCUCAAGAAAAUUCAGAAAUUGAUAAUACCAGUAGUGAAGAAACUGACCUGAAAAAUCCUUUUAAGCAGAAAGAUGGUGACGUGCUUUGUGAAAAUACAAAAGACUGUGCAAGCCUGCUCGAGAUGAAGGAACAAGUACCAAGGAAUAUAAGUUCUAACGAAAGAGACAGUGCACACACCAGUGUGGAAAAGGAUGCUUGCAAAGCUUGUCGUUUUGAGAAUUUCACUGAUACACAUGGAAAAAAACUGAAGAAUGGAAAAAGAACUGAAGACCACCAGAGGGUACUGCUGGAUCACUUAACUGUUGGGGAAGAAUCUGAGGUGAUCACUAGCAGAGAAGGCCAUGGUGAUAAUAAUUUGCCCAGGAAUUCUCAGACCUACUUGCAAUGCCAAGCCAUUCAUAAUGAUUCUGUAAAACAACAGAGUCAGCAGUUUUUGGACUACACAUUGCUGAAAGAGGAAAAUCUUACACAUCAAAAAGGAGCAGCACAUAUGAUACUUGAACAGUAUGCAUCAUCUAAUAAGUUUUCAGAUGAGGCUCAAGAUAAGAACCACCCUCAAGCAGACAAAGAUGGGUUCACCAUGAUAAAAGAAAUCACUCAGGCAAAGCUAACCAAGGGCAACACCACUGGACAGCUUCAAAGGUUGGGAGACCCAAAGGAGCAAAGCUUAUAUCAUCAGCCAUUGAAGAAGGACAUUGAGUUAUGCUCGGGUCCUUGCCUUCCUGGUGCCCCCAGGAAACAGCAAGAUCCCAGCGUUGCUGGAUGUGAUCAAAUACAUGGUGCCUUUGUGAAUACUUCUGGUCAAAAAAGAAUGCUUCCUUUAAAGAAGCAGCCCCAUCGAACGUGUAAGAGAGUUUCCUAUCAGGAGCUGGUCAGUGUGGGGAGAAAAGUGGGUAAAGUCAGAAGUUCUGCCAUUGGAAAGAGUUCAUCCAAUUCUGUCCCCACCAAAGCACACAGACUUCUCAGCUCAUGUGCUGUGCCUGUACCCACACAAUUGAAAUCUGAACCAGUACCUAUCAGGAGCUUGCUUAGCCACAAACCAAAGCAGAAGGCUACUCUGUGCCAUCCCUUGAGCCUGAGUUUUAGGAAGCCUACCAAAGAAUCAGCCUUACUAAAUAAGCUAUCCAUCCUUGCCUCCAAACUAGCCCCACCUGCCAAGUCCCCGAUACUCAGAUACCAUCGGUGUUCCUCUGCACUUCUGCCAGUGGCUAAAAGUUAUAAGCGCCUCAGAUAUAAAAGGCUCCUGGAUGGAUUUUCAUAUAACGCAAUGCAGCUGAACCCAUAUAUGGCAGCUAAUAAAUGGGAUCAGAGGCCUAACAGCAAAUCCUUGGCACUUUAUUCUCUUGAAGCCAUCAAAAUGAGCUUCAUAGAUUUGAGCAAAAAGAUGCCAUCACUACUGUUUGGUUCUGAAAUCUUCCCAGUUUCCUUUCAUGUGAAACCAACCUCUAGUUGCAUGAUGGAAGCCUCGAGGACUUUUCCUGAGCACUGUGCUCCAUCGAGGCUUGCCUUAGGAGAGGCCUCCCAGUGCCUGCCUCAACCUCCCAAGUGGACCUUUUCUUUCUUUUUGUCCCAUGCUUGCCCUGGUAUGGCUACAUUCAGGGAAGACACCAGCCUCCAUGGUCAGGCACACACUCAGGCUCCUCCACAGACUCCAGCUCCUCUCCCAGACUAUGGAGGCACUGCCAUGGUCCAGACCAGAGCAGACUGCUCUGUCUUUGGCCUUCACACGCUUCUUGCACUUUGUUCUCCUGGAUGCUACCGAAUCUGGACAAAACAACGGAGCUUCUCAAAUCACAUGCCUACCAUGCAGAGGCUCUUCAUGACCCAGUUUACACAGGGAUUGAAAGGGCUAAGGUCUCCAGCCUCCAUAGCAAAUAAGGUCUUCUAUUCUCUGCCCUACUCGGUGGGCAGAGUGUUGUCCAUUUGGAGCCAGCAUGGGUCCUCUUCCUGCUCCUUCGAAAUCUCUGCUCUUCAUCAUAGCAAGCGGCAGCCGAGUCUGAGCACCACAAACAGCCACACCGGGUUACCAUAUGUGCCUCUUCCAGGCGUGGAUACCACAACAUUCAGUACCAUUGGCAAUCACGUGAGGCUAGAGCCUGCAUUCACUGCCUUGGUACCAAAGUCUUGCUUGGUAACAGAACCAGAUGUCAGCAAGCUCCUGCUUUCAGCCUCUGAGUUCCAGGUUCCUGUGUUUGAUGAGCUGGAUGGUGUGACAGCAGCACACCCUCGUCUUCAGGGCAGCCCUCCAGAACAGAAAGAGGUUGAGCCAGAGAAGAGGCCAAAGAAAGUCUCACAGAUUCGAAUACGGAAAACCAUUCCUAAGCCAGAUCCUAAUCUUACCCCAAUGGGCCUGCCUCGACCCAAAAGGUUAAAAAAGAAAGAAUUCAGUUUAGAAGAAAUAUACACCAACAAGAACUACAAAUCUCCUCCUGCGAACAGGUGUUUAGAGACCAUCUUUGAGGAACCCAAGGAACGGAAUGGUACACUAAUCUCAGUCAGCCAACAGAAAAGGAAGCGAGUUUUAGAAUUUCAGGAUUUUACAGUCCCUCGAAAGAGGAAAGCUCGAGGUAAAGUCAAGCUGACAGGCAGCUUCACCAGGGCCCAGAAGGCGGCUCUGCAGGGUCGAGAGCUGGAUGCUCUUUUGAUACAGAAGCUGAUGGAACUGGAGACCUUCUUUGCCAAGGAAGAGGAAAAGGAGCAGUCAUCAGGCUGCUGAGAAACAGUCCUGUUGGAGAUCCAAUUUGAGAAUUUUUUGCACCUCCCUGGAAGAGAUUUCUUAAUUUUGUCCUACACCUAAACCACUCACGACGCCCAUUUGGUGAAUUUUUAUCCAUUUUGAGGUGCAGUCUUUUUAAAAGCUGGUGAAGGAGGGUCCUCUACUUCUACUGCUGAGUACAAGAACCUCAGGAAUGCUCCUGUUCUCCUGGAAAUGGUCCUCAGUGGUGUCUGGCCACCGCCUGCAAGGGUCUGCCAUCCAUGGGGAAAGAAGCUCAUGCAUCUUAAGCAACACUAGGAUUCCGAGGACUCACAGUAUUUGCACGUCCACAUGAAAGUUCCACUUCAUUUACGGUGGUGCUAGACCAAGAUUACUCAAAAGCCUGGCCUAGGGAGGGGGUCCCAGCCUCCUGUCCUGUGUGGUCUCACCUGCUCAUUUCAGUAAUCAAGAAGAGAUGAUGUUUUCUAAUCCUUCUGAGUCUGUCUGCCUGAGACCUGUGUGUGUAUGUGUGUGUGUGUGUGUGUGCUUUUUGCAUCUUUUUCUCCCUUCUGUGACUUUGGGUCACUAGUGCCAGAGGAGCCAAUCAGGCCCCACUCAAAGUAAGUUGCACUUUUUUAAUGUUGUGGUGUUGAUGAUUUUCAUGUAUUUUAUUUUUUAUUAUUUUUAUCCUUUUGUAUUUUUGCUGCAUGUCUGGGGCCUUUAAAUGUGAUUUUCAAACAGUUUUUAAGAGGAGAAAGACAACACAUGUCUUAAGAGAAUAAAUUAUUCGCAGGCAUUGGAUCAGUUAUCUUCACACAGGGACAUUUUCUCAUUCAUAUGUUCCAAGCCGUCCCUCCUCAUCUCCAGUUUCUAGUGUAGCUCAUGAGGGUAGUGCUCUUUCCAUCGGUCUUCUCAAUCCUGUCUGCUUAUGAGUGUGACUUUAUCUGCAGUGUUGGUGUAGAGCCAAGUUGGGCACCGUGGUUCCUGGCAAGAGCUGUCCCAGUGGCCUGCUCUAAGACUGAGAGAGAGUCAGGUCAUAGUUCAGAUGCUAAGACACAUGCUUACAAUGGGGUCCCCAAAUUUCUACCACCGACCCUGUUUUAAGGGCACCUAGUGUACCCUGGGUCUUGGGUCAGACCUACUAGAAGUGUCAACUGCCAGAAGUAACUGGCUUUCUGUGUGUGUGUGUGUGAGAGGACUUAGUAGGCCUAAAGGUAGUCUUUCCCUGUGUGCCAGCCUCCCUCCCCCACCCCUCCUCUCCUGUGGUUUCUCCUUGUAUCUUUUUGUUGUGUGUGUGUGUGCGCGUGUGUGCGUGUGUGUGUGUGCGCAUGUGUGUGUGUGUGUUUCUGUCUCUUUAAGGGUUUAAAGAACAUUCCCUAGCUAGCAAGUGAGAUGCUCAGGCACCCUUAAGACACUGGUUACCUCUUCUCAUCCUCCCCCGAACCACUGCCACGAAGCAGCCGCUGAUGGAAUUCAUGGAGAAGAGCAAGCAGUGCUGUCCGGAAGUGUUGGCUGACAACUCUCCUCGGAUUCUUGCAUUCCCCAUUUGUUGGUGGGAAGAUGGGGUGGGGGGUGAAGGGAUCUCUAUGUGCCUUUCCUUUGUAGGUUGUUUGUGCUACUCUGGAGUAGAAAAACUGACCUAAACAGGAAAAGUCUGUCUUCCAGGCCUGCCUUUUCUAUAACUGCGAUAUCAUGCCUGCUCAUCCUUGGGGCUGCUGUAGUCAUAGCCUGACUUGAUUACGAGAGGCACCGGCUUCCCAUGCUGGCUCUGAACGAUGGGGACCACAUUCUCUUAUUCUAUACCUUGUCCAGACACUAUGGACACAUUCUGUGUGUGUCACCUCAACACUUCUCCCUUCCCAAACCGGUUUCCAGCCUCUCAUAUUGCUUCUCUGCCCUUUUGCUGCAGGAAGGGCAUACAUAGGUGGCACUCAUCAAUGAGCGGGGAGUCAGCUGAGGCAGGAGUUGAGGUGGGCUCAGCCGUAGGACCACCACCAAGACAGAUCUUUCAUGUUGGGUCCUCAGUCAUGAUACUUGAAAGCGCCAGGAACAGUGAUCUCGAACAUGGCCAUCUUGGACCAGAGGACUAGAGGAAUGUAGGGCAAAGCUGCUCUGGGGCCAACCCCACCACUCUUUGAUUUUUGGUUGUAUUUUGUUUUAUUAGAGAAAGGGUCUCAUUCUGUAGCUUAGGCUGGCCUUGCUGGAACUUGGCUGUGUAACCCUAGGCAGGCCUGGAACUAUACUUGGCCUCCCAAGUACUGGGACUAUAAGCAUGAGCCACCUUGCCCAACCUGCCUGUAAUUCUUGGCUUGCUCUGUAGUGAGGGCUCUUCAGGGGGCCAAGGAGGAGCCCCCCUGUUAGAAACUUCAAUACUCACCUGAAGUUGAUCCUUUGAGCUUAGCCAAUAUCUGGUUUCACCGCUGAUGAGCCAGGGUCAGGGUUAUCAGUAGAACAUACAGCCUCUGGCCACAGCAGGAGACAUUAGUCAGCUGCUGGCCUAUCACCUGCCCAGAACAAUGGGAAAUCUGUUGGGAGCUGGUAGUUUCUCACUUACCCCAAGUAGUAGGAAGUUAGCAUUAAAUACAACUUACAGAAGUAUAACACCUCCAGAAAUUUAGUGUUUUCGUGCCAUGGGAAGAGAGGAGAAAUCUCAGGUCCAGUCAGGAUUGUGCCCAACUCCUUGCCCAUCUUUCCAUUUCUACCCAUACCAACUUCCUCCCCUCCCAUCUCUUUUUUUUCCUCUCUUAGCCUCCUUCCUAGCCUCAUUUCUGCAUUAAUUUGGACGUACCUCAUUGCCUGGUAAAGCAGAGAGGGAAGUGCCGUGGAAACACGUAUGUAGCGUUUGCCUUACGUGGAGCCAAAAGAGCUCAGAAACUCAUGCUGUGAAUCCCCAAAUUCAGUGCUCCUCUUAAGAGCUGUGAAAAAAUCAUGACAUUAUGUCACAGUUCUGCCUAAAAAGGGGUCUUUUGAUCAACUCCAGAUCCCACUUUGGACAUCCCUUCCCUGGGGACUCAUCCCCUGGCCACCCGGCCACCAGGGUGAAGACAGGACAGCAGGUCCAGGGUCACAGUACAGCCGAGCAUCUCCAAGCUGGGGUUCCCUCUCGUCUGUACCAUGUACAUCACAAGAUCUGUGAAAGACCAACCUUUAGGCAGUGAUGCUUUUCUCCCAUUACCUGGGGAGGGACGAGUGCAGUUGGUGCUUUCUUUCAUACCCUUGUUUAGUUUGAUUUCUGUAAGCUUCCCCCCCUCCCCCAUCAUGGAAAGAACCAUUUAAAUAACCACAGUGUAGGUGGCUAUAUCCAAAGUAUAAAUAAUUGGCCAGAUGUGCAGAAUAUCAUUGUCUGCAUUCAUAUCAGUAGAAGGCUCUUUCCUGAACUAAAUGAGUUACAUACCGCUGGCUAGGGAAGGAGACAAUGUGGCUAGAAUCACAGUUCAGUAUUAGAACCUUGUCCCACAGGGAACAGGGAAGACAAAGUGGGCUGUGCAUGGGUCUUUUGUCACCUGCCACCCAGCACAGCAUGCUCAGAUUUGGUGCUUGUCAGCUGUCAGCACAAGCUCUUCUCUGGUACUGGAUUGAACUUCAAUUCUCGGUGAGUGGCCUCUGUGUCUCCUUGAGCUGGGGUUUGGGCCAGUAAAUAGCUGCCUCAAGUGUCUAUAUGAUCAUGGUCAAUAGUUGAGUGAAAAUUUGUACAUUUUUGGUAACAUUGGCAUACAGGAUGUCCCUGCUGUUCCUUUUCUGUUUAGUAGUUUGUGACCCAAAUGCCCACUGUUACAUGUAUUAAUUUAUGGAAAUAAAUUUUUUUGAACACCUU